AUGAAGACUCUUUUGGUAAGUCUAAAAAUCAAAGUCUCUUCAAUAAAUGAUGCUCCGCUUCGCUUCCAGAUCGUUCUGCUCAUUGUGACAGUCGCCGUCUCCUCGGAGAUGCCAUGCCUCGAGUCGUCCGAUUGUAUCGAAGAAGCGGCGUGCGUUGACGGCGCGUGCCGUCGAUUCGAGCAUCCACGUCUCCAAGUGCUCCGACCGCAGAAGCCCGACGAUCCGCCCGUGUGCAGUCCGCCGUGCAAACCGCGCACCGAGAUCUGUCUCGUCGGCAACUACUGCGCUCAGGUCAUCGGAUAA